AUGAGGCAUCCACGCUUUGUGGCCAACACGGUGCGGCUUGCCGUUGCAAAACGGCCGGAGGAUGCGCUGACGGCGUUGUCCAAGAUCACACGUGGCUUGAAGAACAAUGGUGUCAUCUCCUCGCUCAUCGGCCGCAAGCGAUACACACCACCCUUUGAGCGCCGACGACAAGAAGAGAAUGCGGCGUGUGUCAGGAUUUAUCAGCGGGAGUUCAAGAAGAAGGUCAACCUGUACUUUGAGAUGCAUCCAGAGAAGCGCGGAUCACAAAUGGGAAAGUGA